GCCAGAGUGGCGACUGGAGGGCAGGAUACUAGUCACGUGACGAUGCAAGAUGGCUACUUGGAGUUGGACAGCGUAGUGUUCUGGAUGUUAUUUAAUGUUCUCAAUGUGGUAGUAACAACGUUUAUUGGUGGAGAUAGUAAGCAAAUACGUAAUCGUGAAUCAGCCCUGAGAAUAUGGCUCUAAAUGUGUUCGACCAUGAUGAGUACAGGCCGCCUGUCUGGAAGUCCUACCUUUACCAGCUCCAGCAAGAGGCCCCCCACCCUCGUAGAGUCACAUGCACCUGUGAGGUGGACAGCAGACCCAAGCACUAUGGCAGAGAGUACCAUGGUAUGAUUUCCAGAGAGGAGGCAGACCAACUGCUCAGCGUUGCAGAGGGGAGCUACCUCAUCAGAGAGAGCCAACGACAACCUGGAACCUACACACUGGCCCUACGAUUUGGGAACCAGACCAGGAACUUCCGCUUGUACCACGAUGGGAAACACUUUGUGGGGGAGAAGAGGUUUGAGUCCAUCCAUGACCUGGUGACAGAUGGACUCAUAACCCUCUACAUAGAGACCAAGGCUGCAGAGUACAUUGCCAAGAUGACCAUCAACCCCAUCUAUGAACAUGUGGGCUACACAACCCUGAACCAGAGCCUGGAGGGCAGCCUGAGGAGGCCGGACCCCACCCUGCAGCCCCCCGACACACCCGAUUGUCCUGCGCAAGGGGGAGACGCCACAGACGAGAGGCACGUAACCAUAUCACGGGUUGUAAUUCUGCCACGACAUUCCCAGCUGACGUCGCUGGUGAGACGUGCCACGCUGAGGGAGAGCGAAUUGAUGGCCAAAUAUGAGAAGGUCCACAACUUCAAGGUGCACACUUUCCGAGGGCCCCACUGGUGUGAGUACUGUGCCAACUUCAUGUGGGGGCUGAUCGCUCAGGGAGUCAAGUGUGCAGACUGCGGCUUGAACGUCCACAAGCAGUGUUCCAAGAUGGUCCCCAACGACUGCCAGCCCGACCUGAAGCAUGUGAAGAAGGUGUACAGCUGUGACCUCACCACGCUGGUCAAGGCCCACAACACUAAGAGGCCCAUGGUGGUGGACAUGUGCAUUCAGGAGAUAGAGGCCCGGGGGGUGGAGUCAGAGGGUCUGUACAGGAUAUCAGGGUUCAGUGAGCUGAUAGAAGAUGUGAAGCUGGCUUUUGACCGUGACGGAGAGAAGGCAGACAUCUCAGCCAAUGUGUACGAAGACAUCAACAUCAUCACUGGAGCUCUGAAGCUGUACUUCAGAGACCUGCCCAUCCCUCUUAUAACCUACGACGCCUACCCCCGCUUCAUACAGGUUGCACAGAUCACAGAUGCUGACAAGCGUCUGGAGUCCCUCCACCAAGCCCUGAAGCUGCUACCUCCUGCCCACUGUGAGACCCUGAGACACCUAAUGGGCCACCUGAAGAGGGUGACCCAGCAGGAGAAGCAGAACCUGAUGAGUGCUGAGAACCUGGGCAUCGUGUUUGGCCCCACCCUCAUGAGGGCACCAGACCUGGACGCCAUGACGGCGCUUAACGACAUCCGCUACCAGAGGCAGGUGGUGGAGUCUCUCAUCAAGAACGAGGACAUCCUCUUCUGAGCCCAGAAACGGAGAGCGACGCCAGCGCCGUCGAAAACCUCACCGCAUCACAUCCAGUCCAGACCUCCCGCUCCUCCGGGGAGUCAGAAGGGUGAACUGUUGGAGAGGCUUCCAGUGUGUGAUGGCUCUGACGCCUUCUAAUUCCUAUGUUGUUUUGUUCUAAGGAGAAGGUUGGGGGUGGGGUGGGGGGGUCAGGCACAAGUAAAUGUUCCCCUUAUGUCUGACCCCUGUCCGGACGGUGAGGAGUAAAUGAUUGGACCUGUAUUCUCUCGUGACCAGAGGACCUGAAGGAGGGUGAUGAUGCUAUGCUAAAGGAGACACACACAUGCAGUAUUAGAGAAGGGAAAUGAAGGAGCACCAUAUGAAGGACUCUCGCUGAUGUUUCUCAUCCACCAUUGACACCACUGAGCCACCUAGGGACCUGCAUCUAAUAUAGAAUAACAUGUUCUUGCUGUAGGUGUUCUUUGAUUUUUUUUUACAAAUGUUAGUUUUUGUUGAACUUGAUUUUUUUUCUGUUUUAGUCCAUUUUUCUACGUGAUAACUUUUUUGCAGGGACGGUUGAGAGGUAAGACCUCAGACUCAAGUUAUUUGAGGACUUUAAGGCCACACUCCAACCCCUCUCACACACUACAAGACCUGGCUGUUGAUGUAAUCAUGGUUGUAAAGUAUUUUCUGAUUUCUGCAUGUUAAGAUUAAAUUAUUAAACUGGCUUAUUAUUAUUAUUAUUAAA